AUGGCGUGGUUCACAACUCUACCCCGAGGAUCGAUCACGAAUUUUCAUGAUUUCUCAUCAAAGUUCCUCGUCCAGUUUUCCGCCAGUAAAACCAAGCAGGUGACAAUUGAGGACCUGUACAAUGUCCGCCAGUCUGAGGGUGAGACUCUGAAGCAGUACGUGAAACGAUUCAGCGCGGCGUCCGUCAAGAUCGAGGAAUCAGAGCCGCAUGCUUGUGCGCGUGCCUUCAAGAGCGGGUUGCAGCCAGGGAAGCUGAAUAGCAAAUUGAGCCGUAAGCCAGCUCGGUCCAUGGCAGAGAUCCGCGCGCGAGCGAACACCUACAUUCUGGACGAGGAGGAUGAUGCUUUCAAGCGAAGGCGCGCGAAAAAGGAGAAGGAUGGCGAACAGAGGGACGCAUCGCCAGAAGGAAAACAGAGUAAGGAGAAAGGGGAGGGCAGCAAGAGGCGAGACAGGAAGGUGAGGACAGGGGAAAAGGCUGUGAAGGAGCCAUUGUACCCUAAGAGGGAAAAUUUCGAGCGCCGCAGACCGUGGCAUCAGGCUGACCCUCGUCGGCGAGAGGAGUUAGGAAAGAGUCUAAAUGCACAUUUGACGGAACUACUUUGUGAGGUCAAGGAGACCCACGCAGUUGAGGAAGGCGAGAAGGAAGGCGACCCGCCUCGAGCGGCGUUGGAUAAAACAAAGUGGUGCGAGUAUCACCGCUCAGCAGGCCAUGACACGAGGGAUUGCUUUACACUGAAAAACGAAAUUGAGAGACUCAUUCGGGCGGGGCGAUCGCAGAUGAAUCACCGCAUCGAUCGGUGGAAUGGAGAACGACAGCAGGGAAGCCGGUACAAAGGGGGCCGCCAGCAGGAUGACCGCAGAAGGGACGACCGCCGUCGUACGCCAACCACUGACAAAAAGGAGACACUAGCGACAAGGAAGAAGGGGGCGGAAGAAACCUUUAAUAAGGAUCUUGAGCUGCCAGUUGGAACAAUAAACACAAUCGCGGGUGGCUUUGGCGGAGUCGGAGACACGGCCUCGGCGAGACAAAGGCACGUAAGAGCAGUGACAUCAGUGCAACAGUAA